CUCUGGUUGUUUCUACCAACACUGAACAGAGGAGACCUUAAAACAUGUAGACGUAAUCCUAGAAAAACCAACAGGAGAGCACAGAGGUGAAUGCCAUCAUGUCCAUCAGUGUGGAUCUGAAGAGGAUCUUCAACCUGCCAGGACGUUCAGACAGAAAGGUUGAACUCUCCUUCAGAGGUUUCACUCAUAAAACCAGAGCCCCACAGUGUGAGAAUGUUGCCAUCUUCAACGAGCAUUUCCGUUGGCCCCAUUAUGGUAAAGAGAUCACAGAAGAACUUUUGUCUAUCAGCGUUUACAACUGCAGCAAAUUCUUUUCCAACAGACUGCUCGGUCAGCUUGUUAUUAGUCUGCAGCAUGUAGUUACCUCCGGGAGGUUGGUGCUUCGAGAACCUCUGACUGAUGCCAACUACAGCCUGACUGAUAUUAUUAUAGAGCUGGACAUUCGGUUCCAUCCACUGGAGGGAGUAGCAGGACAAUGGGAAGGACUGGACUUUUUGGAAGUUGAAGACAGUGAUGAAUCAGCUAUGGUCAUCAGGAAUGAUGGAUUUGAUGACAUUGAGAGAGGGUCAUUGGUGUCUCGCAAUGAUCAACUGGAGAAAGAUGCUCGUCGUCUUGGUCAGAGCCUGAUCCGGACAGGCGAUGAAGACGAGGAUGAUGAGGAUUUUGAUUAUGAUGAUGACCUUGUGGAGAUGGAGACCUGUGACAUCACUUUAACUCCUCUCAGGAGUCGUUACAGACCCCUGUCUAGAACUGCUGUUGCAGCGAUACCCAGAGUCCAGAGCUUUCAGGUGAAUGUGAACAUCCUGGAGGCUCAGAAGCUUGUCGGCGUGAACAUCAGCCCUGCAGUUUUUAUCAGAGUUGGAAGUCAGAAAAAACACACAGCAACACAGAAAUCCACUAACUGCCCAUUCUACAACGAGAAUUUCCAGUUUGAGUUUCAGGAGGCUCCUCAAAUCUUCUUUGAUGAAGUCAUAGAAAUAAAGGUAUUCCAUAGACGGACCUUGGCCUUCCUGAUGACCCACAUUGGGACCUUUAAGAUUGACAUCUCCACCGUGUACAGUCAGCCAGACCACCGUUUCUAUCAGAAGUGGGCUCCUCUCACCGACCCGACCGACACCAGGUCAGGAGUGAAGGGCUAUGUCCGGGCCAGCCUUAGUGUGCUGAUGAAAGGAGAUGCACUUCGGAUGCCCAGUUUAUCAAAGGGCUCCUCGUCUGGAAGCAGCGAGGAUAUAGAAAAACAUCUGUUACUUCCUCGUGGUAUGCCGUCUGAGCGUCCGUGGGCUCGGUUUCGUGUUCGGAUCUACAGAGCUGAGGGUCUCCCAACCAUGGAAGCAGGGCUGAUGGCAAAGAUGUCCGUCACUGAUCGGGCGGUUUUUAUUGACCCCUACGUACAGGUGACCUUCGCUGGACAACAGGGGGAAACAUCAGUCGCCAGUGCCACCAGCUACCCAGUAUGGAAUGAAGAAAUCUCCUUUAUUGAGCAGUUUCCUCCACUGGCACAGCGAAUCAGAAUCCAGCUCCUUGAUGAUGCCAAGAUGGGAGACAUAGCUUUAGCUACGCACUUUCUGGACCUCCAACAGAUAUCUGAUCCCACCAGGAAUGGAUUUAACCCAACCUUUGGUCCAAAUUGGGUUAAUCUUUAUGGUUCUCCACAGAACUCCACCCUGGGAGACAUCCACCAGGCCUUAAAUGAGGGUUUGGGCGAAGGGAUUUUCUAUCGAGGUCGAAUCCUCCUGGCUCUCUCCAUGGAUGUUUAUUCCUCUCCAUCCGCCAUCUCCAGAGAUACAGGCUCUGUUGCAGCCGUAAAGGUGAAAGGAGUGCAUGGCAAGUUUGGACGAAAGAAGAAAAAGAGCAGCAGGAAAGAGAAAAAGGAAGCAACUUCAGCUCCGAGUGGAUUAGCUGAUGAGGCUGGAGAAGCAGGAGUUGAGGUACCAGAGUCUGUCACUGUGGAAGUUGAGGAGAUCCAUCCUCUGCCGGAGGGUUAUCUGGGACAGAAGGAGGAGUUUCUGCUGUUUGCAUCUUUGUUUGAAGUGACAAUGAUAGACCCGACAGUAGGGACAAAACCACUAACCUUUGAACUCUCCAUAGGAAAUUAUGGCAAGGCAGUGGGAGUUGGGAGAUCUAAGAAAAGCCAGAGCAGGGAGGAGUUGAGGAGGAGCAGAGAAGAUCUGGCUGAGGAAACACACGGUUUGUUGGAGUCAGAGGAUGAGCUGGACAGAGAGGAGAUGACAAAUCCUGAACCAGAGAACAGAUCUGUGUCUUCUGCCAUGACACCUCAGCCUACUGACUAUGACAGGUCAUUUAAGUGUAUUCAGCUUCAGGCCCCGUCAACGAACCUAAAGCCUUGUCUGUAUGUCUGGAGUCAGUUUGAAGAUCACAGUUUUCGUCUCUAUCAGGCCAACUGGCUUAGCAAGAUGGCCGACAGGCUGGAGAUUGGUCUCACUCAGGUGGAAAUUUAUCUGCGGAGGCCGAAGAGUAAAGCAAAGGAGAUUUUGACUGAGGUGUUACUAGAGCUGGUGACACGUUGCAAACAGUUCAGCGCUUUCUCAGACAGGAGAUCACAGUCCCGUCCCAACAGCCUGGAUAAAUGCAGGAGAGAGUUUAUCAAAAAGAAUUUGGUUGUACUAGCCAGACAGGCAGUCAGAGUCAGACGAAGGAUUACCAGAAACAAAACCAAAGAGCAUUUGAUGGAAAGCUGGAAAAUCCUAAGGAAGCUUCGACAACUGGCUGCAGAGCCCCAGAGCACCAUCCCAGAUGCUUUUCUUUGGUUACUUAAUGGAAGCAAACGACUGGCUUACGUCAGGAUUCCUGCCCACUCCAUCCUUUUCUCACUGGUGGAGGAGCAGAAGGGACGGGACUGUGGCCGCAUCACCACUCUCUACAUGAAGUCUCCAGGAUGCUCCCCAAGUGAAACCUUUGCAAAGCUGGAGGUGUACCUGUGGCUUGGUCCUGUCAAGUACAGUAAAGAGGCAAUCAACAGCCUACCAGAAGAGUUCAUGCCAAUCUACGAGGAGAUGGAGGAGGAGGAAACACAGAGACAACUUCCUGUGGAGGGAAGGAGAAAGUUUCCUGCCAGUCUGUCCUGCCAGGACAGCAGGUACUUCCAGCUGCGGUGUCACCUCUACCAGGGGCGUGGCCUUAUGGCUGCAGAUGACGACGGCCUGUCAGAUCCGUUUGCCAGGGUGGUCUUCUCUACGCAGUGCCAGGUCACCAGGGUGUUGUCAGACACUCUCUCUCCUUCCUGGUGUGAGUGUUUGUUGUUUGACAAAGUUCUGCUGGAAGGAACGAAGGAGCAAUUUCAGCAAGACCCACCUCUCAUUAUCAUCAACAUCUAUGAUCAUGACACAAUGGGCAGCCCAAAGCCUCUGGGCCGAGCUUAUGCAGAGCCUGAGUUUAAAACUGUGGAGCAGUUUUAUGAAAAGCCCAGACUUCAGUUCUAUGAUGUCAGCAGAGGCCGGGUUCCUGCUGGAGAGCUGUUGGCUGCCUUUGAGCUCAUUGAGCUUGACUACUCUGCUUUUGGAGAGCCUCGCCUCCCCGUCAGUGUGGAUCCUCAGGAGCUGACCUACAACAAUGAACAGAAACAUUACAUCAUUCCAGAGGGAGUCCGACCUGUUCUGAAGACCUUCAGAAUCGAGGUGUUGUUCUGGGGUCUGCGGGAGCUGAAGAGGGUGCAGCUGUUUGAGGUGGAGCGGCCACAGGUGAGGGUGGAGUGUGCAGGACAGCAGCUGGAAUCUGAAGAGAUCCAGAGCUACAAGACCAACCCGAACUUUAAGGAAGUGGUCCGCUACAUCGAUGUGGAGCUUCCAGAGGAGUCCUACCUUCACCCUCCUCUGACGGUGUUUGUGGUGGAGCAUCGGGCAUUCGGUCACCUUGCUCUGGUUGGGUCCCAUGUUGUCCAGAACCUCAUGAACUAUGCUCCACGGGAAUGUGGAGAGGAAGAGGAACAAGAAAAAGAACCAAAAACAAAAGUGAGGCAUAAUUCAAAGAAGAUAAACCCUUUGACUUCAGUGAAGAACAUGAGACUCAGCGGAUUGCCAGUCAAACAAUCAAAAAUUCCCAUUAACCCCAUGAAGAUAGUUAAUGCUCCCCUGAAGAAGCUGAAGAGAAAGGCAGAGGAGCUGGAGGAAGAGGCUCCUGAGAAAGAGGAGCUGGACUGGUGGUCCAAGUACUAUGCAUCACUGGACGAACUGGAGAAACUGGCUGCAGAGAGAGAACAAUUGGAGGAAGAAGCAGAGACAGACGGAGUAAAUCUGACCAUGGCAAACAUUGAAGAAGAGGAGGAAGAAGCUGAUGUGGAGGAGAUCGAGCCUCCUAAACGCAAAAAGAUUGCCACACUAAAGCUGUAUGAGGGCGAUCUGGAGUCAGAGUUCAGUGACUUUCAGGACUGGCUUCAGAUCUUCCCCCUGUAUAAAGGCCAAGCCAUCACUGAGGACAAUGAGGAGGGUGAUGAGGAGAGGCUGAUGGGAAAAUACAAGGGUUCCUUCUUGGUUUAUCCCAUCGAUGUGGAAGACAGAGAUGACACCACAUGUCAGAUCACCAAAGGAAUUCCUAAAAAUUCACCUGCCAAAGUUUUGGUCAGAGUUUACAUCGUCAAGGCCACCAGCUUGGCUCCCACUGACCCGAACGGUAAAGCUGACCCUUACAUUGUUGUGAAGGUGGGAGAUCAGUGCUUGGACUCCAAAGAUCGAUACAUCCCCAAACAGCUCAACCCAAUGUUUGGAGAGGUGUUUGAACUCACAGUGUCUUUUCCCCUGGAGACGGAGUUGGUUAUAACCGUCAUGGACCAUGAUCUGGUUGGGGCAGAUGAUGUUAUUGGAGAGACUCGGAUUGAUUUGGAGAACCGGUUCUACAGCCGCCAUCGGGCCUCAUGCGGUCUCGCUCUUUACUAUGACACCGAUGGUUACAAUAAGUGGCGUGAUGCAAAGAAACCAUCAACAAUCUUGGCUGAGCUCUGCAGGAAGAAUGGCAUCCCAUCUCCAGAGUACAGAACGUCUGAAGUCAAAGUCCUCAGUAUGAUCUUCAAAAUACCACCAGAUGCCGUACCUGAAGGUCUGCUGAAGAAGAAUGAGCGGUCUCCAGAGGAAGAGGCAGAGAUAGAGGAGCAUGCAUCCCUGAAUGUGCUGCAGCGCUGGGGGGAGAUGAGGGAAUUCCUCCCUGGAGCCGUUCCUUUGGUUCCGGAACAUGUGGAGAUCCGGUCCCUGCAGAACCAGGACAAUCCUGGACUCCCUCAAGGGUAUCUUCAUAUGUGGGUGGACAUGUUUCCCACCGAUAUCCCAGCUCCGCCUGCUGUUGACAUAAAACCUCGUCUACCUGAACUGUAUGAACUGCGUGUGAUCAUCUGGAACACCGAUGACGUGUUUUUGGAUGAUGUCAACCCUUUCACCGGCGACCCAUCUUCUGACAUCUAUGUUAAGGGCUGGAUAAAAGGCCUGGAAGGAGAUAAACAGGAAACUGAUGUCCACUUUAACUCCCUGACUGGAGAAGGAAACUUCAACUGGAGAUUUGUUUUUAGGUUUGAUUACCUUCCCACUGAGAAAGAAGUGGUGUACAAAAAGAAGGAAUCCAUCUUUUCCCUGGAGGAGUCAGAGUUUCGCCAGCCGGCUGUUCUGACGCUUCAGGUGUGGGAUUACGAUCGCAUCUCAGCCAAUGACUUUCUAGGGUCCAUAGAGCUUUCCCUCAGCAGCAUGGUGCGACCGGCAAAGACGUCCAGCAAAUGUACGAUUGAAAUGGCCAUGGACCAGGCCAGUCCUCGCUUCUCCAUCUUUCGAGCUAAAAAGAUGAAGGGCUGGUGGCCACUGGUCCGCUUGAAGACGGCUGAGGACUUUGAGAGGGAGGAGAAGGAGAAAAUGGACGCUAAAAAGAAGGGACACAAGAAGAAAAAGACCAAGGACAAAAGAAGCCAGAUGAGCAAAGAAGACAUCCAGUAUACUGACAGUUUGGGCAACACUUACUUGUUAAUGGGAAAGGUGGAGGCGGAGCUUCAGCUGGUGUCGUUGGAGCAGGCGGAGGCGAACCCUGUGGGGCGUGGACGCAAAGAGCCAGAACCUCUGGAAAAACCAAACCGUCCUACCACCAGCUUCAACUGGUUCAUCAAUCCUAUGAAGACCUUUGUCUUCCUAAUCUGGAAAAACUACAAGAAAUACAUAAUAGCCCUGGUCAUCCUCAUCAUCCUGACGCUCUUCCUUGUCCUGAUUGUCUACACGUUGCCAGGAGAAAUCAGCUCCCUCAUCGUCAACGGAUGAAGAAACCUGCUGGGACUCACUGUUGCAUUGUGCUAAACUCCAAACAGUUUUAGGUUUCAUUCUCAGACUGAUAUAUUUAACCUUGUUGUCUUUUACAGUACUGACAGAAAUUGAUAGAAAUUGAUCAUCAGGAAUUUGUUCAGUGUUGGAAUAAUCUGUCACCAGAGCCAAUUACUAGACAGUGAUUACUUCACGUUUUAGGAAAAUAAAGUUUUUCUUAAGUAAAAUGUGAUGUAUUUUCUCACGUGUCAGUUAUGCUGAUGUUCUUGUCUAUAUAUUAAAAACAAAAUCAAAUAUAUGCUAUAUAUAAAAAAAAUAAUAAUUUAAUGCACUGAUAAUUAUU